AUGACGCUCUACUCGGAUCCUCCCAGCUUGCUGCCUUUUCGGCAUGACAAGCCCACCCUACUCGUCUGCUGGUGGAUGACGUCCUUUUGCGGCGUCAUGAUCUUUCUACGCGUCGCCGGCCGCUUCAUCCGUACCGAGCGUCUCUUCCUCGAGGACAAGAUUGCCGCCCUUGCCAUCAUUCCUCUCACCCUGCGCAUGGGAUGCGUCCAUUACAUUCUAAUGCAUGGCACCAACAACGCAGACCAUACUGGUGUCAUUUUAACCACCGACCAGCUGCGCCAAAAGUCGAUAGCCAGUGGCCUGGUUCUGCUCAGCCGAUUUUUCUAUGCCGCUACUCUUUGGGUUCUGAAAUGCGCCAUUCUCGAGUUUCUCCGUCGCAUAACGGGCAUCACCUGGCAGCGAUCCUACCAAACUACCAUGGUCGCCCUGCGAUGGACUCUUCUAGUAACCUUCAUCGCCGUAGUCAUCAGCGACUUGGCCGAAUGCCGCCCCUUUCACCAUUACUGGCAAGUCUUGCCUGACCCAGGUGGCCAAUGCCGCCAGGGCUACGUCCAACUCGUCACCAUGGCCACCUGCAACGUCUUGACCGAUCUCCUCCUCGUCAUCUUUCCCAUCCCCAUCAUCAUCCACAGCCACAUGCAGGUCAAGCGCAAAAUCCAGCUUGUCCUACUCUUCUCUCUGAGUCUGUCCAUUGUUUGCGUUACACUAUAUCGAGUCCCGCACAUCAUAUGGAGCGAUGGUCGCCAGCAAUAUCGCUCGCUCCUCGCCUCGGUCGAAAUAUUGUUUGCCACCGCCUCCGCCAAUGCCCUGGUCCUCGGCUCCUUUGUCCGCGAUCGUGGUCUGAAGAAGCAAAAGUUUCGCCGCAGCUCGGCCGCCGACUCGUUUGACCACCGCAACGCCCCGCGACGGCCCGCCCUACACCAGCAAUGGGGCAGCGACGAGGAUCUCGUCAGAGACGUCGGCCUGACUGUGAACCCCGAGCUGCGAGAGACGCCCACCCGCGCCGUUGCCGCCAAGCUAGCCGAUAUCAAAGGAGAAUGGCCCCACCAGAACGGCACGCUGAGCGGCGAGACUGCCAGCGACCAGGCCAUCCUCCAUGAUGACCGGCUCUCGAAAGUCGACUCCCACCAAGGGGGUAAGAAGAUGACCUUUUUCGACGUCGGGGGCUUACUAGACAGCUCUGCGGGAACAAGCAGCGGCAGUUAUCGCCGCGACAGCCACACCUCGUCCACAAUUGGGCCCGGAUCAUCGCAUGGCGUCCCCGCCAAUGCCAUCCCUGCCAGCUCGGCUGGUCUGCGGCGCGGAUCUUCGGCGCUCUUGCAAGAUCUUGGGGUCCUUCUUGGUCCGCUAAACAACCGAUCUUCGCGCUCCGGCCGCUCACAAUCAAGCAACGGCACCGAGCUGCACUCUAUUCCCCAGUCCGCCUUUGAAUUACAGGACCGCUCCGGGAAGGAAUCCGAGCCUGUAUAA